UAUAUUUAAUACUCCUACUUUUAAAUGUUACUGAUUCAAAUCAUUUUAGAAAAUGUUACAUAUGUACACAGUCAACAGUAACCAGUGUCACAUGGCUACCAAUCCUGGCCUUUUGAAUAGUGAAUUUCUUUUUAUACUUAUUAUUUAUUUAUAUCCAUAUAUAUUAUGCUCCGUUUCAAACGAUGUUGAAUUUUCCCUUUUUAAUUAGCAGAAAAACAUUGUCUGUUUUUCAAGAAAAAGAAGAUAAGUAUACUUUAAACAAAAUAAUUUAUUUACAAGUGCAAUAGUUUCUUGUUUUCAAUAGCAAAGCAAACCUUGAGCGUUCCAGAAAUUUUUUCCUAAAAAGUAGCCUUGAGAGUGUCAACAAUGAAGAGGGGAGCAAACAAACAAAAGGAUGAAGAUAUAAACUAAUGAAAUAAAUAACGAAACACGAAAAAUUCAAAAGGUGUCCCCAUCGAUUAAUAACAAAGGAAAUUAUCUUUCAAAAAUAUUCCAUCGUAUAUUACCACUUCGGCUUUUUCGAUGCCAACCACCAUUAAUCUCGCUCCUCGAAUAAUGAGACACGCAAUAUAAAUAUACUAUAACACAAUGUAACAAUUCGAUCAAAUUCUAUUUCUUUUUGUUUUUGGAGUUUUCAGAUGUUGUGAAUAUAGUACUAUAAAAGUUCAAUACCCAAUGAGAUUGAUUAAAGGGGAAAUUUAUUUUCUUUUAGGUGUGGGGAUUUUAUACCGACUGUACAAAACGUAAACGGCUAUUAUGUCUUUUUUAAACUAUCGUAUUUUUUAUUUACUUUCUCAUUUAGUCUUAUUAGAUUUUGACAUUAGGCGCUUUAGUUUGCUUGGGUUUGUAUUUAAGUUUUGAUAAAAGAAGUCCCCAAAUAAAACCAAAUUUCGUUUUGAUUUCGUUCAGACCAGUUUGGAAUUUGUGUGGUUCAAGUGCAUCACUGAAUUCAGGAAAAGUUAUAAAAUUAAGAUCAACAAAUAUUAGUAGUUAGUAUAUCUAAAUGUACAAUUAAUAUAUUAAAUGUAAAUAUUUAAUGAAUUUGGGUUGCCUAUAUAAAUUUUUUGUUUGGAAAGUUAAAACAGUACACGAAUUUUACGAAACACAACAAUACGAUGCUGAUAUAAAUCAGACUUUUAUGAAGCUUUUAAUUUGGUGGUGAAGAAUGGUAAAGACAAGUAAAUGCAAGUAAUUGGAUUGGAGUAAUUAGUUGUCCUUAUCUUUCUUCACCCGCGAAAAGCUAAACAAAUUUUGCUUUUGGAGCUAUUUGGUGUUCAAACAAGAAUCCCCAUGACAAAAUCGCAGUUGCUUUUUUAGUUUGAAGGAUUGUAAGAAAUAUUAAAUGCACUUAUCAAAAAAAAAAGAAAUAUUAAAUGCAAAACUCUGAUAUAUUUUCCAUCAAACCCUAAGACGCAGAACUUUUCAAACUUAUCUUUUUAGCAUUGGAAAUCUAAAAGUAUUUUAUUUUAUGUAAAUAAUAAAACAUGCAAAUCAUAGGGUACUCAUUAUCUAAUUAUCACACCCACCCUCUUUCCCUCUGUUUGGUUUCACCUUUUUAACCACUAAUCAAAAGAUGCGUUGUCUAUCAUAAAUCUUCUUACCCUUUUUUUUUUCUCUUAGUAGUUUAUGUGAAUAUAGUAUUACUUUUUCAUAAUAUUUUUGAAAUACCAGUGUUAGUAUUAGAUUAUUUUUUCUUUGUAACUUACCAAUGAAAUAUUCUCUCUGUUUUAAAAUAAAUGUCAUUUUAGGUUUAAUUUUUUUUAUUUCAUAUAUAUAUUAUGACGUUGAUUGGUAAUCUUUGCGGAAAGUUUUUAUCAAUCAGAAAAAUACAUGGAAUGUAAUGGAAAAUGUCAUUUUGUAUAUUUUGAGUUUUUGCUUAAAUAUUUUCAAGUAAAUUUUCAUUUAGUGAGUAAGUGUAUUUUUCUCAUUUAUCUGCUGAAAUGGUUGAACUUCCUACCUCUGUUACGUAAAAGCAUUUGUGUACAACCACCGAUAGUUACCUUUGUAUAAGAAAUUAAUUUAACUACCGUCUUUUAUCAGAUAUGAAAAAUUAAUUAACUCACCAUCACUUAACAAAUAGUUAUUGUUGCUUCAAAAAUUAAUGACAUUGUAAGUUUGAUUUGGGCUUCAAAACAUCAAUAGUUUUCUUUAUCCAAAUUUAGAAGAAAAAAAAUGGUAUAUAAUAAAAAAAAAAGUUUAAAAUAUUUUUCUUUAUGCAAUUUCGCAAAACACUAUCCAGUCACACUUAACUUUUGUUCCACAACUUUUAUUCAGCAAAUUUUAAAUUCCACAAAUUUUAUUUCGCAACUCACUUUAUUUUCCGCCAUUCCACGAUUACUCAAGUGUCACCAAUCAAAGCUUAAGUUUCACUUUAGAUUUCCAAUGCAUAAUUUUAAACAAAUUUCCAAUUUUAACCUCAUGAAUUUAAUGUAUUAACAAGAGAUAUUAAACAAUACAUUUAUUUAUAAGGGGUAUAGUAUAAAUUUUAAUAUAUUUUCUUAAUAUGUGUAAGAAAUUCUUAAACAACACUAAAAUGAAAAUGAGUAUUGGUUGCGGAAAAUAAAAUAACCAACUUUACAUUUCUGGUUUGAAAAAAAAAAUACAUUUCUUAUAGCUUUGAAAUCAAAUAAAAAAUAUUAAUUUGAAAUGCUUUUUUAAAUAACAUAACAUUUUUGUUGGGCUUUACCAUCAAAGUACAUAUUAUUUGAUCUGAUAUUACACUAUUUAGUGCAAAAGUAAGUUGAUAUAUCAUUCAAAAAGUAUGGUGAUGUAUAUUUAUGGUACAAUAUCGCUGGUUUCCUAAAUCACAUAUUAUUUUGUCAGAUGUUAUGUUAAAUUUUAGAAUUAGUUUUACUAAGAACAAAACGCCACAUAGAUUAAUAAUAAAAUAUAUAUUUUUUUUUUUAAAAAGAAUCUAAAUUAAUUUCAAAAACAAUAAUGACGCUAAUUUUAAUGACGCUAAUGCCACUAACUCCACCAACUAAAUCCUAAAUUCUAAAUCCUAAACUUUAAAUCUAAACCCUAAACCCUAUAACUUAAAUUCUAAACCCAAACUCUAAAUCUUAAACUCAAACCCUAAACCCUAAACCCAAACCCUAAACCCAAAGCCUAGAUCUUAAACUCAAACCCUAGAUCAUAAAUCCAAACCCAAACCUAGACUCUAAACUCAAACCUUAAACCUUAAAGGAACAACAUCAACUUUAACACAAACCUUUAGGGUAUAGGAUUUGGAUUUAGGAUAUUUACGAUUUGAGUUUUGGGGUCUAGGGAUUAGGUUUGGGUAUAUGGUUUUGAGUUUAAAGUCUAGGGUUUGGGUUAAGGAUUUAGAGUCUAGUAUUUGGGUUUAGGGUUUAGGAUUUGAGUUUAGGGUUUACGGUUUGGGUUUAGGAUUUGGGUUUAGGGUUUAGAGUUUAGAAUUUAGGAUUUAGAUUUAAAGUUUAGGGUUUAGAAUUUAUGAUUUAGGGUUUAGUUAGUGGCGUUAGCGUCAUUAAAAUUAACAUCAUUAUUUUUUUCAAUUAUUUUUAAUUCAAAAAAAAAAUUAAUCUAUUUUAUUAUUAAUUUAUGUGGCAUUUUGAUUGGUAAUAAGAGAAUAUUGUGAAUUUAAAGGUUCAACCUACCUAAGUGUUGUUUUUUUACUAAUACGCGUAAAAGAAAAUACAAUUUCUCUUAUUUACAGUUAUCUUACCAUAAUUAUUAACUGAGUUUAUCGCCUACAUUAGGCUACCUCCAUAAUCAUUUCUUUUAGUUAACUAAAAAGUUUGGGUGUUAUUCGAAAAAAGUUCGUAUGUUUUAUUACCUCGAGGAGUAUUGCACACAAAUGUGUUGUAGAAAAUAAAAUAAAUAUUUUAUUAUAGAAGACAAUGGCAUUUUUAAAUGAGACAAUGACGAGGAUUGAGAAUUACACUCCUUUCUUCUUCUUUUAUUCUCCCUCUCUGUAAGUCAUAAGUGCUGUUUCUGCAGUUAUAUCUUUCUCUCUUUUUAUCUCUCUCUCCAGUAUUUAAAUAGAGAAGUAAUAUAGACAAAGUGGUAGUGAGAUGAUCAUGUUCGAGUCAAGAAGCAGUGUGAGAGGUUCAAACUCAGUCCCAGAUCUGUCUCUUCAGAUCAGCCUUCCAAACUCUCACGCCGAGAAACCCCUUCACGGCAGUGAACGGAGCUUCACCACAAGCAGUGACUCCGGAAGCAGCCUCAGUGAGUUAAGCCAUGAGAACAGCUUCUUGAAGAAACAUCUCUUGAGCCUAGGCUUUGAUCAUCAUCAUCCAUAUCAUCAUCAUCAGAGGCACAGCUCAAACAUGUUCCAACCACAAAUCUACGGUCGAGAUUUCAAGAGAACCUCAUCUUCUGUGGUUAGUCUUAAACGAAGUAUCCGAGCUCCAAGAAUGAGAUGGACUUCUACUCUCCAUGCUCAUUUCGUCCAUGCUGUUCAACUUCUUGGAGGCCAUGAAAGAGCAACGCCUAAAUCAGUCUUGGAGCUGAUGAAUGUGAAGGAUCUAACCCUAGCUCAUGUCAAGAGUCACUUGCAGAUGUAUAGAACAGUGAAAUGCACUGAUAAAAGAUCAUCAGGAGAAAGAAAGGUGGAGAAAGAGGCAGAGCAGAAGACAGAGGACAAUAAUAAUAAUAAUGAAGACGCUGAUGCUGACCCAAUUUCGCCAAACUCAUCAUCUGUGCAAAAGACCCAAAGAUCUCCUUGGUCUUCCACUAAGGGAGUGUCUAUGAGCAUAUCACAAGCAGAUCCUCACAUGGAAAUAAAUCGUAUCACUAAGGAUGAUGUGGAGAAAGAUCAUCUCAGCUUGGAAUUCACCUUGGGGCGGCCGAGUUGGGGGAUAGACCAUGUGUAAAUCAUCCAGCGAUCUAACCCUUAUCAAGUGCUAAUUGUUUCACUUGGAGAACUACAAUAAUUUAAUAAGUCAGCUUAGUUAUUUUUUAAUCACCUUAGUUAUAUCUAUUUAACAUAUUAACUUGUUUGAUCAUAUGGACUUUGGAAGAAUCAUUAUCAUCUUAUAUGUACGAUCUUCCAGUACUGUUCACGAGAUUUUUGUGAUGCAUAAACAAGGGAUUUGGGUUAAGUAGUAGGCAUGGUAUUGUGGUAGUGGAUGAGAAGAGAGUACAAGUUCAAGAUUUUUGUUGCGAUCUUCAAAAACAUCCCAAUCUUCCUUUAUCACACUCUAAUAUAUUGGAAAAGAUUCUCUGGUAACUAAAAAGCUACUACUGCCUCUUUCCUCAUUUGGUAUGCUUCACUGCUCCCACUCUGGUUUAUAUGAAGAGGUUUUUUGGAACAUGGUCAAUUGUUUUUCACUUGCUCCAUUAAGCAAAAUCUGUUGGUUUAGUAAUCAUUUUACUUUAUUGAGUGCUAAUUGUUUGAAUAAUUGGUCGAAAAAUAUAUUGGAAGAUGUGUGUUAGAAAUUGAUCGAAAUGUAUAUUUUAUUUUUGAAAGAAGAUGGAAUGUAUAUUUUUUAUUACUAAAAUAGAUAUGAUCUUUGAUCUUGAUCGAUAGCAUUGUUACGUAAUGCCACAACUCCCUUUACUUCCUACAGAACUUCGGGCUUCCUCAUGGGCCUUAAACAAAUACGUCGGAAUUUGAUAUCGAUAUUUAUUUCUAAAUGUGAAAUUAAAUGUCUAGUAAAAAAAAUGUCUAGUCGAAAGCAUAACUCGUUUUGUAUUUGUAAUCAUGACAAGAAAAAUUCUAACACAUAUUAAUAGUUACAGAACUAUAUCAUUUACAAAGGAUAAAAUAUCAUUUUGGGCUCGAGCUCCUUAUUGCAAAGACGUCUGCGCAAGUGUUACAAUCUCAUGAAAUAAAAGAUAGCGAUUACAAAUAAAAUAAAAGCCAUAGAUGGAAGAAUUCAUUCCAUUCCCAAACUUGAUCAAAAAUAAUUAGUACCGAUCAAAUUUACCAACUUAAGGUAACAUGAUGCGAACUGCGUCGAAGUUAAUCCAUGCAUAUAGAGUUAUUCAUUGCCUAAAGUAAUGAAAUUUUUUUUUUUUUUUUGGUCUAAAUGUUAAGCCUAAAGUAAUGAAUUGAACUCCGCAUACAUAUGAGAAGUUACUUGUUCCUUCUCCAAAGAACCGUAGAACCUUCUCCCUGUUUCCAAUUGUAAAACAAUUCCUCCACCAAAAAUUGAGUUGUUAGUCGCCCAGGAUGCACCCACUUGGCAUUUUGGUCGAAGCAAUCUAUUUCUCUCUUUUUGGUUGAUCAGUCGGGGAACCUCUAUUGCAAUUUACAUCUCAUGUCUCGUUUACUGCUUGUGCCACUUUCUAAACUUCAGUUUCAUGAGUUGCAUGAAGUAGUGUGUUCAUUGGAGAUUCUGUUCAUUGACAUCACUUCCUUUGAAUUGAAAAGUUUGUUUAUUUUUUGCCUUCUAUGUAAACCAUAAUAUCCACGAAGUUUAGUCAGGCUUUGUAUAAAAAAAAAUAAACCGCGAAAUUGUGGGAACCGAAAUUCACACAGUCGAUUUCCGUUGAUUUAGAAAAGAUAGGAAAUCCUAAAUUUCCCAGAGGUCUCAGAUAUCUGCUAAACCACACGCCAAGCAAUCAGAACACGAAAAACAAACUAAGUAUGAAAUUGAUAAAAUGAAAAGAGAGCAAAGAA